UCCACAGAACCCUGGCAUUAGUUACUAUGUCGGCUCAUUGGAAGUCAGGAUCACUCAUUUUGCCCCUACGGGAUCCAGAUCUUAGAAGCAUUUAACUGUACACUGAAACUAAAGAGAAUACUGAGGAGGGCUUUUCCUUUUACUUUUUUUUAAAGUUGUUGUGGGUCAUAAUUAUCAUUAUCCAGGGGCAGGCAUUAUUCUACAAAAAGUAGUGGAGCAGUAAAGUUGGAACAUAAAUUGCCAAGAAAUUUUGUUGGGUUCUUUUCUCUCUUGGUGAAGAGAUUUCAUUUCUGCUCACAUGCUUUGGUAUGAGGAAGUGGAAGAUUAUUAUGAAAGAGAAGAUGUUCAAAAGAAAACAUUCACAAAAUGGAUAAAUGCCCAGUUUGCUAAGUUUGGGAGACAUCAUAUUGAAGACCUUUUUACUGAUUUUCGAGAUGGACGAAGACUUCUGGAGCUCCUUGAAGGUCUUACAGGUCAAAAACUUGCAAAAGAAAAGGGUUCCACAAGAGUUCAUGCUCUGAACAAUGUCAACAAAGCACUGCAGGUCUUGCAGAAAAAUAACGUUGAUUUGGUGAAUAUUGGAAGCACAGACAUAGUGGAUGGAAAUCAUAAAUUAACGCUUGGUUUGAUCUGGAGUAUAAUCCUCCACUGGCAGGUCAAAGAUGUAAUGAAAAACAUCAUGGCUGGGUUGCAGCAGACAAACAGUGAAAAGAUCUUACUAAGCUGGGUCCGCCAAUCAACUCGUAGUUACCCACAGGUCAAUGUUAUCAAUUUCACCAGUAGCUGGUCUGACGGAUUGGCUUUCAAUGCACUCAUCCACAGUCACAGACCAGAUCUGUUUGAUUGGAACAGUUUGGCUUCCCAACAGUCAGUGAUACAACGAUUAGACCAUGCAUUCAAUGUAGCUAAACGGCACUUGGGUAUUGAGAAACUCCUUGAUCCUGAAGAUAUUGCAACUGCCUAUCCAGAUAAGAAGUCAAUCUUAAUGUAUGUUACAUCACUCUUCCAAGUUCUACCCCAACAAGUCACCAUUGAAGCCAUCAGAGAGGUGGAAACAUUGCCCCGGCAAUCAAAGGUCACUAGAGAAGAGCAUAUACAUCAUCAACAACACUUCUCUCAACAAUAUUUGGGAGUCCCUGAAGACAAGCCAUUUGGCAGAUCACUGAUGGAAGAAGUAGACCUGGACAGCUACCAAACAGCUUUAGAAGAAGUACUUACAUGGCUUCUCUCUGCUGAAGAUUCAUUACAAGCACAAGGAGACAUAUCCAAUGAUGUAGAAGAAGUUAAAGAGCAGUUUCACACCCAUGAGGGUUUUAUGAUGGAAUUAACAGCUCACCAAGGACGAGUUGGCAAUGUUUUGCAAGUGGGGAGUCAACUAAUAACAGCUGGGAAGCUUUCAGAAGAUGAGGAAAAUGAAAUCCAAGAACAAAUGAAUCUGCUUAAUUCACGGUGGGAAAAUCUCCGGGUAGCCAGUAUGGAAAAACAAAGCAAUUUACAUAAAAUCCUGAUGGACCUGCAGAAUCAGCAGCUAACACAGUUAACUGAGUGGCUAGCAAAAACUGAAGAAAGAACAAAGAAAGUUGAAUCAGAACCCCUGGGUCCUGAUCUGGAGGAUUUAAAACGCCAAAUAGAAGAGCACAAGGCACUUCAGGAGGACUUGGAACAGGAACAAGUCAAGGUGAAUUCUCUUACUCAUAUGGUAGUUGUGGUGGAUGAAAGCAGCGGAGACAAAGCUACUGCUGCACUAGAAGAACAACUUCAGCAUUUGGGAGACCGGUGGGCAGCCAUUUGUAGAUGGACAGAGGAUCGCUGGGUUCUUUUGCAAGAUAUUCUUCGGAAAUGGCAACUCUUUGCUGAAGAGCAGUGCCUUUUUGAUGCAUGGCUUACUGAGAAAGAGGAUGCCGUGAACAGUGUUCACACCACUGGCUUCAAAGAUCAGAAUGAAAUGCUGACCAAUCUGCGCACGCUGGCUAUCCUGAAAGGAGAUCUAGAAAUGAAGAGACAAACCUUGAAUAAACUGAACUCACUCAGCCAGGAACUGCUUGCAGCUAUAAAAAAUAAAGCAGUAGCUCAAAAGCUGGAAGGUUGGCUGGAAAAUUUUGCCCAGCGUUGGGAUAACCUUGUGCAGAAGAUGGAGAGCAGUUCUAAGCAGAUUUCACAGGCUGUCACCACCACUCAGACAUCACUAACACAGACAACCGUAAUGGAAACUGUAACUAUGGUGACCACCAGAGAGCAAAUCCUCGUUAAGCAUGCCAAAGAGGAACUCCCACCACCACCACCCCACAAAAAAAGGCAGCUCGUUGUGGAUUCAGAAAGUAGGAAGAGGUUUGAUGCAGAUACAACAGAACUCCACAGUUGGAUGACUCGCUCAGAAGUUGUACUUCAAAGUCCUGAGUUUGCAAUAUAUCGAAAAGAAGGCAACCUGUCAGAACUCCAAGAAAAAGUCAAUGCCAUAGACCGAGAAAAGCCUGAGAAGUACAGAAAACUGCAAGAUGCCAGCAGAUCAGCUGAAGCCCUGGUGGAACAGAUGGUGAAUGAGGGCCUUAAUGCUGAGAACAUCAAACAAGCCUCCAAACAGUUAAAGAGCCGGUGGAUGGAGUUCUGUCAGUUGCUGAGUGAAAGACUGGCAUGGCUGGAGUACCAAAAUAACAUCAUUGCCUUCUACUCCAACCUGCAGCAAUUGGAGCAGACAGCAAUUACUGCUGAAAACUGGCUGAAAGCACAACCUACACCAGCAGCAGAUCCUACUACAGUAAAAACACAGUUAGAAAAGUGCAAGGAUCAAGUCAUCCAUUUGUCUAUCCUUCAGCCUCAAAUUGAGCAGCUAAAGGUUCAAAGCAAAGCCCUGAAAGAAAAAGAACAAGGACCAAUGUUUCUGGAUGCAGACCUUGUUGCUUUUACCAACCACUUCCAGCAAGUGUUUACUGAUAUAAAGGCCAGAGAAAAACAACUACAGACUGUUUUUGACAGUAUGCCUCCUGCACAGUAUAAGGAGACACUGAGCACUAUCCUUUUGUGGAUCCAGCAGUCAGAAGCCAAACUUUCUAUACCUCAGGUUACUGUUACUGAAUAUGAAAUAAUGGAGCAGAGACUCAGGGAGCUAAAGGCUUUGCAAAGUUCUCUGCAGGAACAACAAAAAGGCCUAAACUAUCUCAGCACAACUGUGGAAGAGAUGUCCAAGAAAGCCCCUGCUGAAGUCAGUCAGAAAUAUCGAUCAGAAAUUGAGGGCAUCCUUGGACGUUGGAAGAAAUUAUCAGCUCAGCUGGUGGAAAAUUGCCAAAAACUUGAGGAGAUGAUGACCAAGCUCCAACAGUUCCAGAAUGACACUAAAACCCUGAAGAAAUGGAUGGCUGAAGUGGAUGUUUUUCUGCAGGAAGAAUGGCCUGCCCUUGGUGAUUCAGAAGCACUGGAAAAACAGCUUGAACAGUGCACAGCCUUAGUAAAUGAUAUCCAGACAAUCCAGCCCAGUUUGAACGGUGUUAAUGAGGUUGGAAAGAAGAUGAGAAAUGAAGCAGAGCCAGAGUUUGCUUCCAGAAUACAGACAGAACUAAAAGAACUCAAUGCUCAAUGGGAACACAUUUGCCAACAGGCCUUUGCUAAGAAGGCAGCACUAAAAGGUGGCUUGGAUAAAACUGUGAGUCUUCGAAAGGAUUUGUCAGAGAUGCAUGAAUGGAUAACGCAAGCUGAAGAGGAAUAUCUGGAGAGGGAUUUUGAGUAUAAAACACCUGAUGAAUUACAGAAAGCAGUUGAGGAACUAAAGAGGGCAAAAGAAGAGGCUGCACAGAAAGAAGUGAAAGUGAAGCUUCUCACAGAUUCUGUGAAUAAUUUUAUAGCAAGGGCUCCGCCUGCAGCUCAUGAGGCCUUAAAAAAGGAACUUGAUGUCCUUAUUACCAACUACCAGCGACUCUGCAGCAGGUUAAAUGGAAAGUGCAAAACUCUGGAGGAGGUAUGGGCAUGCUGGCAAGAGUUAUUGUCCUACUUGGAUGCAGAAAAUAAAUGGCUGAAUCAGAUGGAAUCAAAACUCAGGGCAACUGAAAAUGUCCAGGGAGGUGCAGAAGAAAUCUCAGAGGCCCUGGAUUCUUUGGAAAACUUAAUGCGACAUCCAGAAGAUAACCGUAAUCAGAUUCGGGAACUGGCACAGACUUUAACUGAUGGUGGGGUCUUGGAUGAACUGAUCAAUGAGAAACUGGAAAAAUUCAAUACUCGAUGGGAAGAGCUGCAACAAGAGGCUGUACGAAGACAAAAGGCUCUUGAACAGAGUAUCCAGUCUGCCCAGGAGAUUGACAAAACCCUUCGCUUAAUCCAAGAGUCUCUUUCCUUCGUUGACAGACAGUUAACAGCCUACAUUGCAGACAGAGUUGAUGCAGCACAAGUCCCUCAUGAAGCACAGAAAAUACAGUCUGAUUUAGCAAGCCACGAGAUCAGUUUGGAAGAAAUGAAAAAGCGAAACCGGGGUAAAGAUGCUGCCGAAAGAGUUUUAUCCCAAAUUGAUGUGGCACAGAAAAAGCUACAAGAUGUCUCUGUAAAGUUCCGCUUGUUCCAGAAGCCAGCCAAUUUUGAACAGCGUUUACAAGAAUGUAAAAGAAUUUUGGAUGAAGUGAAACUGCAGUUGCCCAAGUUAGAGAUGAGGAGUGUUGAGCAGGAGGUUGUGCAGUCACAGUUGGAUCACUGUAUGAAAUUGUAUAAAAGCCUGAGUGAGGUGAAGUCUGAAGUGGAAACCGUGAUAAAAACUGGCCGACAGAUUGUUCAAAAACAACAGACAGAAAACCCAAAAGACCUGGAUGAAAGACUUACUGCUUUGAAAUUGCAGUAUAAUGAACUGGGUGCACGGGUGACAGAAAAAAAGCAAGAGUUAGAGAAAUGUUUGAAAUUGUCCCGGAAGCUUCGAAAGGAAAUGAAUGCUCUGACAGAGUGGCUGGCAGUGACAGAUGCAGAAUUAACAAAGAGAUCCGCAGUGGAGGGAAUGCCUUCUGAUUUGGAUGCUGAAGUUGCCUGGGGCAAGGCAACACAAAAGGAAAUUGAGAAACGCCAGCUGCAUCUUAAAAGCAUCACUGAUUUAGGAGAGGGUUUGAGACCUGUACUUAAAGGAAAGGAAAGUCUUGUGGAUGAUAAACUCAGCCUCCUGAACAGUAACUGGAUAGCAGUAACUUCUCGAGCUGAGGAGUGGUUCAACCUGUUGCUGGAAUAUCAAAAGCAUAUGGAGACUUUUGAUCAGAAUGUAGCUAACAUCACAACAUGGAUGUAUCGUGCUGAGAUACUGUUGGAUGAAUCUGAGAAACAAAAACCUCAGCAAAAAGAGGAAGUUCUAAAGCGCUUAAAGGCUGAGCUGAAUGAUAUGCAUCCAAAGGUGGACUUUGUGCGUGACCAGGCUGUAGACUUGAUGACAAACUGCGGAGAUCACUGCAGGAAAGUAAUAGAACCUAAACUGUCAGAACUCAACCAUCGAUUUGCAGCCAUAUCACAAAGAAUUAAGAGUGGAAAGGUCUUCAUUCCUUUGAAGGAAUUGGAGCAGUUUAACUUUGAUAUACAAAAAUUGCUUGAAACACUGGAGGCUGAAAUUCAGCAGGGGGUGAAUCUGAAAGAGGAAGACUUCCACAAAGAUAUGACUGAAGACAAUGAGACUACUGUAAAAGAAUUACUGGAAAGGGGAGAUAUUCUUCAACAAAGAAUCACAGAUGAGAGAAAGCGAGAGGAAAUAAAGAUAAAACAACAGCUGUUGCAGACAAAACAUAAUGCUCUCAAGGAUUUAAGGUCUCAAAGAAGAAAAAAGGCUUUAGAGAUUUCUCCUCAUUGGUAUCAGUACAAGAGGCAGGCUGAUGACCUAAUGAAAUGUUUGGAUGACAUUGAGAAAAAAUUAGCCAGUCUACCAGAACCCAAAGAUGAACAGAAGCUAAAGGAAAUUGAUGGAGAAUUGGAGAAGAAGAAAGAAGAACUGAAUGCGGUGCACAGGCAAGCUGAACGCUUGUCUAAGGAUGGGGCUGCAAAAGCAGUGGAGCCAACCCUGAUACAGCUCAGCAAGCGCUGGCGAGAUAUUGAGAGCAAAUUUGCUCAGUUUCGAAGACUCAACUAUGCACAAAUUCAAACUGUUUAUGAAGAGACAACUGUUGUGAUGACUGAAGGUAUGACUAUGGAAACAACUUACAUGCCUUCUGCAUACCUGGCAGAGAUCCUUCGACUUCUGAAAGCCUUGUCUGAAGUGGAAGACCACCUUAACUCACCUGCUCUGCAGGUUAAGAACUAUGAGGAUCUCUAUAAACAAGAAGAGUGUCUCAAGAAUGUUAAAGACAGCCUGGGGAGGUUCUCGGGUCAGAUUGAGGUUAUUCGCAGCAAGAAGACAUCAGCUUUGCAAAGUGCCACACCUGGGGAAGCUGGAAAGAUACAGGAAAAGCUGAGUCAGCUUAAUUUCCAGUGGGAAAAAGUUAACAAGAUGUACAGGGACCGACAGGCGCGGUUUGACAGAUCUGUGGAGAAAUGGCGGCUUUUCCACCAUGACAUGAAGAGCUUUAGUCAGUGGCUUACUGAAACGGAGCAGAAUCUGGCUAGAACCCAAAUACAUCCCGGGGACCUGGCUUCUGCUGAAACCAAGCAGUAUCUCAAGGAACUCCAGGAUGGCAUUGGAAGACAGCAAACUGUUGUCAAAACACUAAACGUAACUGGUGAACAGAUUAUUGAGCAGUCAUCAACAGCAGAUGCUACCUUACUGAAGGAAAAACUGGGGAGCUUGAAUUUUCGGUGGCAGGAGAUCUGCAGACAGCUGACAGAGAGAAGAAAGAGGCUAGAAGAAGAAAAGAAUAUUCUGUCAGAAUUGCAAGAAGGCUUAAAUGAGUUCGCUUUCUGGUUAGAGGAAGCAGACAGAGUUGCUGGUAUUCCUUCUGAACCAGGAAAUGAAGAGCAGUUAAAAGACUCCCUUGAAAAAGUGAAGUUCAGAGUUGAAGAGCUACCUCUACGCAAGGGAAUAUUGAAACGAUUAAAUGAAACUGGAGGAACAGUACUUAGAAGUGCAUUGCUGAACCCAGAAGAAAAACAUAAACUUGAGAAUAGACUGAAAGAAGUUAACCAUCACUGGAUAAAGGUAUCCAAAGAUCUUCCAGAAAAACAAAAAGAAAUAGAAGAUCUACUAAAUAAUUUGACCCAAUUUGAACAACAGUUAAGUCAGCUGGCAUUGUGGGUAACUCCUGUUAAGGAUCAACUGGAACUGUAUAACCAAGUGGGCCAACCAGCAGCUUUUGAUAUUAAGGAAACAGAAGCAGCAGUUCAAGACAAACAGCUGAAUGUGGAAGGGAUUUUGUCUAGAGGGCGUCUUUUAUAUAAGGAAAAACCAGCCACUCAUCCUCUAAAGAAAAAAUUACAAGAAUUAACUGUCGACUGGACAGCAAUCAACCAUUUAAUUCAAGAACUAAAGAGAAAACCUGCUUCAGAAGUCUUAACUCCUGGUCAAACUGUUACUGUGGUUACGCAAACCACAGUAACCAAGGAAACCACCAUCUCCAAACUAGAAAUGCCAUCUUCCUUGCUUCUGGAGGUGCCAGCCCUGGCUGACUUCAAUAAGGCAUGGGCAGAACUCACUGACUGGCUUUCUCUACUGGAUCGAGUAAUAAAAUCCCAGAUAGUAACAGUGGGCGAUCUUGAUGACAUCAACGACAUGAUCAUCAAACAAAAGCUAGCAGAAUCCAUCAUGGCAUCUGAUCUUGAAAUGGCAACACUACAGGAUUUGGAGCAAAGGCGUCCCCAGUUGGAUGAGCUAAUAACUGCAGCACAGAAUCUGAAAAACAAGACUACCAAUCAAGAGGCCAGAACAAUCAUUACUGAUCGCAUUGAAAAGAUACAGAGUCAGUGGGACGAAGUUCAGGGACGCCUUCAAAACCGAAGACAGCAAUUACAUGAAAUGUUAAAGGAUUCGACGCAGUGGCUGGAAGCGAAACAGGAAGCUGAGCAGGUUCUAGAACAAGCCAAAGCCAAGCUUGAGUCGUGGAAGGAGAUUUCAUACACUGUGGAUGCUCUGAAAAAACAGAACGCCGAACUUAAGCAAUUUUCUAAAGAGUUGCGGCAGUGGCAAAUAAAUGUGGAUGUAGCAAAUGACAUGGCACUUAAGUUGCUCCGUGAUUAUUCAACAGAUGACACCAGAAAAGUACAACUGGUAACAGAUAACAUUAAUACCACUUGGGAUACCAUUAAUAAAAGGGUGAGCGAGCGUGAGGCUGCACUUGAAGCAGCUCUAAGGCUGCUGCAACAAUUCUACCUGGAUCUGGAAAAGUUCCUUGCUUGGCUUACGGAAGCAGAGACGACAGCCAAUGUCCUGCAAGAUGCUACACGCAAGGAAAGGAUACUAGAGGAUGCAAAAGGUGUUCGGGAGCUCAUGAAACAGUGGCAGGAUCUCCAGACAGAGAUUGAAGCUCAUACUGAUAUCUUCCACAACCUGGAUGAAAAUGGACAGAAAAUCCUGAGAUCGUUGGAAGGCUCUGAUGAUGCAGCCUUGUUGCAGAGACGCUUGGAUAACAUGAACUUCAGAUGGGGCGAGCUUAGGAAAAAAUCCCUGAACAUUAGGUCCCAUUUAGAAGCCAGUUCUGACCAGUGGAAACGUCUACAUCUCUCUCUCCAAGAACUUCUGGCAUGGCUGCAGCUGAAGGAGGAUGAGUUAAAGCAGCAGUCACCCAUUGGUGGGGAUCUUCCCACUGUGCAGAAGCAGAAUGAUACACACAGGACCUUCAAAAGGGAGUUGAAAGCUAAAGAACCUGUUAUCAUGAGUGUGCUUGAGACUGUGCGAAUAUUCCUAGCAGAACAGCCUUUGGAGGGGUUGGAGAAGCUCUAUCAGGAGCCUAGAGAGCUGUCUCCUGAAGAAAGGGCUCAAAAUGUCACCAGACUUCUCCGAAAGCAGGCAGAUGAGGUCAAAACUGAAUGGGAUAAGUUGAACCUGCAUUCUGCAGACUGGCAAAAGAAGAUAGAUGAGACCCUUGAAAGACUGCAGGAGCUUCAGGAGGUGAUAGAUGAACUGGACUUAAAGCUACGCCAGGCUGAAGUAUUCAAGGGAUCUUGGCAGCCAGUAGGAGAUUUGCUAAUUGACUCUCUACAAGAUCACCUAGAAAAAGUCAAGGCUUACCGAGCAGAACUUGCACCUCUUAAGGACAACGUGAAUCAUGUAAAUGAUCUGGCUUACCGUUUCCCUUCCUCUGAUAUCCAGCUUUCUCAAUAUAAUCUUAACUGCCUAGAAGACCUGAAUGCUAGAUGGAAGCUCCUGAAGGUGGCUAUUGAUGAACGCAUCAGGCAAUUGCAUGAUGCUCACAGGGAUUUUGGCCCUACCUCUCAGCACUUCCUUUCCACUUCUGUCCAGGGUCCCUGGGAGAGGGCAAUCUCACCAAACAAAGUGCCCUAUUAUAUCAACCAUGAGACACAAACCACCUGCUGGGAUCAUCCCAAAAUGACUGAGCUCUACCAGUCUUUAGCUGACCUGAACAAUGUCAGAUUCUCGGCUUAUAGAACUGCCAUGAAACUCCGAAGACUGCAGAAAGCCCUCUGCUUGGAUCUCUUAAGUUUGUCUGCUGCAUGUGAUGCCUUGGACCAGCACAACCUCAAACAGAAUGACCAGCCAAUGGACAUCCUACAGAUCAUUAACUGCUUGACCACCAUUUAUGAUCGCCUGGAACAAGAGCACAAUAACCUGGUCAACGUCCCUCUCUGUGUAGACAUGUGCCUCAACUGGCUGCUGAAUGUCUAUGACACGGGUCGAACCGGAAGGAUCCGUGUCUUAUCUUUUAAAACUGGUGUAAUUUCCCUGUGUAAAGCACAUUUGGAAGAUAAAUACAGAUACCUAUUCAAGCAGGUGGCAAGUUCCACUGGAUUCUGUGACCAGCGCCGAUUGGGCCUUCUCCUUCAUGACUCCAUCCAGAUUCCCCGGCAGCUGGGCGAAGUUGCAUCAUUUGGUGGCAGCAAUAUUGAACCCAGUGUUAGGAGCUGCUUCCAGUUUGCGAAUAACAAGCCAGAAAUUGAAGCAGCCUUGUUUUUGGAUUGGAUGAGGUUGGAACCACAGUCCAUGGUCUGGCUGCCAGUGUUGCACAGGGUGGCUGCUGCUGAAACUGCCAAACAUCAAGCUAAGUGUAACAUCUGUAAGGAGUGUCCAAUUAUUGGAUUCAGGUACAGAAGUUUAAAGCACUUUAACUAUGACAUCUGCCAAAGCUGCUUCUUUUCUGGCCGAGUUGCAAAAGGUCAUAAAAUGCACUAUCCAAUGGUGGAGUACUGCACACCAACAACUUCAGGAGAAGACGUCCGUGACUUUGCCAAGGUACUGAAAAACAAAUUUCGAACAAAACGCUAUUUUGCAAAGCACCCAAGAAUGGGCUAUCUGCCUGUACAAACUGUCUUGGAGGGAGACAACAUGGAAACUCCUGUUACUCUGAUCAACUUCUGGCCAGUAGAUUCUGCGCCUGCUUCGUCCCCUCAGCUUUCACAUGACGAUACUCAUUCACGCAUUGAACAUUAUGCUAGCAGGCUAGCAGAAAUGGAGAACAGCAAUGGUUCCUAUCUAAAUGACAGUAUUUCACCUAACGAGAGCAUAGAUGAUGAGCAUUUAUUAAUCCAGCACUACUGCCAAAGUUUGAACCAGGAAUCCCCACUGAGCCAGCCCCGAAGCCCUGCCCAGAUCCUGAUUUCCCUGGAAAGUGAAGAGAGAGGUGAACUAGAGAGAAUCCUAGCAGAUCUGGAGGAGGAGAACAGAAACCUGCAAGCAGAAUAUGACCGACUGAAGCAGCAGCAUGAUCACAAAGGACUCUCUCCACUGCCAUCCCCACCUGAGAUGAUGCCUAUCUCCCCCCAAAGUCCCCGAGAUGCUGAGCUCAUUGCGGAAGCUAAGCUGCUUCGCCAGCACAAGGGCCGCCUGGAAGCCAGGAUGCAGAUUCUUGAGGAUCACAACAAACAGCUGGAGUCACAGCUGCACAGGCUGAGACAACUGCUGGAACAGCCCCAGGCAGAUGCCAAGGUGAAUGGUACAACUCUGUCCUCUCCUUCUACCUCCUUACAGAGGUCAGAUAGCAGUCAGCCAAUGCUUCUCCGUGUUGUUGGCAGCCAGACUUCCGAAACCAUGGGUGAGGAUGACCUGCUCAAUCCUCCCCAGGACACAAGCACAGGUUUGGAGGAGGUGAUGGAACAGCUUAACAAUUCCUUCCCAAGUACAAGAGGCCACAAUGUAGGGAGCCUUUUCCACAUGGCAGAUGACCUGGGCAGAGCAAUGGAAACCUUAGUUACAGUGAUGACUGAUGACAAGGUGUUAGAAUAGCAAGAUGUGUUUUACAACUUCAGGCGUCCCGCAUGGUUUUUAUAAUAUUCAUACAACAAAAAAGGAUUAGACUGUAAGAGUUUACAAGAAAACAAAUCUAUAUUUUUGUGAAGGGUAGUGGUACUAUACUGUAGAUUUCAGUAGUUUCCUAAGUCUGUUAUUGUUUUGUUAACAAUGGCAGGUUUUACACGUCUAUGCAAUUGUACAAAAAUUAUAAGAGAACUCCAUGUAAAAUCUUGAUAGCUAAAUAACUUGCCAUUUCUUUAUAUGGAACGCAUUUCGGGUUGUUUAAAAAAUUUAUAACAGUUAUAAAGAAAGAUUGUAAACUAAAGUGUGCUUUAUAAAAAAAAAAUUGUUUAUAGAAACCCCCUUAAAAACAAACAAAAAAAUUGAGGCAGUGCAUUUGUUUAGCAUCAUUUCAGCUCUGUAACUGUACCAGAUAUAUCUUCAUGUUCUGUGUUCUUUUCCUUGCCUAUCAAAGAAAGUAUUUCCUGUAACAACACCAAAACAGCUGACUUACAUUUCUCAUCAUUUUUUGUCUGACUAGGGCUGGCUUAAACAAUCCUCUGAACUUCCAGUCGAGGUAGUUAGUCCACCUCUUUUCAAGUAAAACUUAAGGAUUACAUGAAUCACCCAGAUAGUUUGCAAUAAUAAGAUGAAAGAGCACAUUACAUGACAAUGCUAUCUUCAGAGCCUGUAAAAAAUCAAGUUUAAUAAAUAUCCUCUGCUCCAGUUGUUUCCUCUACUGACUAAAAUCCUGAAUGUUGUUAGUAAUGAAACAGAAAUUGCCUUACCGGAUUAAAUCUUUGGACCUUAUUGUCCGGUAUCCUGCCUCUGGCAGUAGCCAGUACCUGAUGCUUCAGCACAAGUUUGAUGUAACCCCUUCCCACUCAUAAAGCCCUCUGCUCUACAUCAGGAUGUAGAGAGAGGGAAAUUCCUUCCUGACUCCCAGGGGUGGUCAGCUUCUGCUCUGAAGCAUGGGUGAUUACUUACAUAGCGUUUAGUGUGCAUAGCUACCAGUAUUGUUAAUUGUCAUAAGGUUACUCAGUGCUUUGGGGUAGAAAAGUAAACCCUUCCACAAUAUGUCGGAACCUAUUCCUGUUAGCAGCAAGUUCCAAGGAGCUGCAGCACUUAUAGCAAUCUUUGAGAAACACUGUAAAAGAAUUUCUGCUGUCAUUGUGUUUGAUGGUCAGGUGAAGGUAGCCACACUGCUCCAUGAGAGAGAUGUCAUCAACAAGGGUCCUUAUAUUUUCUUCCUCCCCAUUUCUCUCUCUAAGUAAUACCGCACAAUUAACAGUUAUUCAAGAGAGAGAAAACAGAAAAUAGACGAACCAGUUCAAUAGCAGCUCAUCAGAGUUAGGCUGGGGUCUGAGGUGCUGUUAGCAAAAGCUUUACCAUUUCAUUUCCUUAUACCAGCCUUUAACUUCAUCUUAGGACACCUAGAUAUUUGCCAUCUAACAUUACAUUGCAAGGUUAAAAAAAUCUGUUACCUCUUCUUGUAUGAAGUGUAAUUAAACUUGGGAGAGAUUUUAUUUUGAAUGCUAGUUAACAUUGAACAUGGUUAGUCAUGCUAUUUCUACCUCACUUUGGUUUCGUGGUGUUCCUGACAAUUACAUUCAGAUGUUACAUCGUCACCACUUGUCCAUUGUGUGAAGAGUUCUCAUCAUUUUAAUAAGAAUCAUUAAUAAUAAAUUUACAAAGAAAUACAAAACCCAAGCCUCCACUUUCAUAAUAAAUAGCUUUUUUAAUGCUUUAUUUACAAUUGGUACCCUAUAUAUUUCUCAUGGUCUUUCUUCAAGAAAGCUCAACUUGAGAUUUAAGGAAGGGAUUUGUUUCUUUUUGUUUGUUCUUAUAAGUUAGACCUCUUCAAGAACAUUGAGGUAAAUGGAUUGCACGAUUGUUUUCAUCAGGGUUUUAUUUUUGUUUGUUUGUUUUUACUUUCUAGACAUUAGUUUUGGAGUGAGUCUGUCAAAAAUAUUUAAAAAGUUGAGAGCUUUAUUACUGCUUUUUAAGCAUAAUUUGGAAAUUAUUUCAUGUUUCUUAUAACCACAGAGUAUUAAACUGUAAAACAUAAUCAGUGUAACUGAAUACAUAACUAUCAUAUGGCAUGUUAUUCCAUUGUUACUCAGUACUGGUUUAUUACUUGGAUCUCAUAAUAUAUUGUGUUUUAACACCAACACUGUAACAUUUACUAGUUAUUUUUAUAAACUUCAGUUUUACUGCAUUUUUCACAACAUAUCAAAUUUCACCAAAUAUAUGCCUUACUAUUGUAUUAUAUACUGCUUUACUGUGUAUAUCAAUAAAGCACGC